GCAACAACAGCAGCAACAACAACAACAGCAACAACACCACCACACACAGCUGAUGCUGGCUGGCAGUCAGCUAGCAGGGCUUGCUGCUCUCCUCCCGGCCCAGCAGCAGCUGCUCCUCCAACAGGCCCAGGCUCAGCUCCUGGCGGCCGCCGUUCAGCAGUCGAACGCCGCCCACGCCGCUCAUGCUGCCCACGCCGCCGCGCAGCAUCAAGCCAACCAGCAACACCAGCAGCAGCAGCAGAACCAAUCACAAUCCCAUCAGCAACAGCAGCAACAUCAAACCAAACAGGAACAAACUGUCCCGCCUCCACCGCAGCUGGCCCUGUCACAACCAAUCCAGCUCACAGCCCAGGACAUCCAGCAGCUGUUGCAGCUCCAGCAGCUGGUUUUGAUGCCGGGCCAUCAUCUCCAGUCUCCUGCCCAGUUCCUCCUGUCUCAGCCAGCACAGGCACAGCAGUCGCAGCAGGGUUUGCUCUCGACACCAAAUCUGAUUCAGCUACCUCAGCAAAGCCCAGGGGGACUACUGACAACCCCACCUCGCCUGGGACUCCAAGCACAGAGGGAGAAGAGCAGCGACGUUGUGGUCGUUGGAAGCAGCAGCAGCAGUGGCGGCGGCGGCGGCAGUGUUGUGACAUCUGUAGGAGCCACCUCAGCGUCCAGCAGCGCCAUUGCUUCCUCGCUGACAUCCGGCUUGACUCCCGGAGCUCAUGGGGGUCACAUGGGAGAAGAGCCCAGCGACCUGGAGGAACUGGAGCAGUUUGCCCGUACCUUCAAACAGCGACGCAUCAAGCUGGGAUUCACCCAGGGAGAUGUCGGCGUUGCUAUGGGCAAACUGUAUGGCAACGACUUCAGCCAGACCACCAUCUCUCGAUUUGAAGCCCUCAACCUGAGCUUUAAGAACAUGUGCAAGCUGAAACCACUGCUCGAGAAGUGGCUGAGUGAUGCAGAAACCAUGGCAGUGGACAGCAUGCUGCCCAGCCCGUCUUCUCUCUCCUCCCCCAUGUUAGGCAUCGAGGGUCUAUCCGGCCGACGCAGGAAGAAACGCACCAGCAUCGAGACCAACGUGCGAGUGGCCUUAGAGCGCAACUUCCACAUGAACCAGAAGCCUACCUCGGAGGAGAUCUUGCUCAUGGCGGAGCAGCUCAACAUGGAGAAAGAGGUGAUUCGUGUUUGGUUCUGCAACCGCAGGCAGAAAGAGAAACGCAUCAACCCCUCCAGCAGCACCACCCCUCCCCUGCCCAGCCAGACCUCGCCUGUUGUGACACACAAAGCCCCCUGCUACAGCCCGCACAUGAUAUCGAGUCAGGGUCUGUCCCAGGUCACCACCUGCCUCAGCACAACAGCUGCCAGUUCUUCAGCAUCCUGCCCCAUGACUCCCGUCAGCUCGGCUGCAGUAGGCUCCACCUCUUCUUCUGUGACCCCGCCCCCUCACAGCACAGCUAGCCCCGCCCCUCCCAGCCUCGGGGCCCACGGCCUCAACAGCGGGAACACAAUGAUGGGCGUAAGCACAGGGAUGAACCAGGCCCUCAUUGGCAGCAAUCCCCUGGCUACCAUGCAAGCCCUGGCAGCCAGCAGCGGUCAGCUGCCCAUCUCCAGCCUGGAGGGGGGAGCGGCUCACCUGCUUCUGGGUGGACCUGGGGGUCCCGCUGUACCUCCUUCCCUUCGCCCCUCCCUCUUCCUAAACCGCUCCACCCUCCUCCCCAUGGUGACGGGCUCCAUGGCGACAGCCUCCACGCCUGCCAUGGGACUGGUCAGCGGCAGCAGAGGUGGUUCUGGCGGCCCGAGACUCUCCUUUUCCCAGUCUCCGCCCCCUGGUGUCAGCAACCUCAUGAGCCCGACUUCGUGCCCUGAGGAGUCCGCAUCUCCCUGUUCAAGUCCCGCCUCUUUCUGUUCCUUCAGCGAAGCUUCGCCGCCGCCCCUGGGAGGGGCCAUGGCCGAGUGAUUCCUGACUGACAGCCAAAGUAUCCUAUCAGAGGAGGACAAGGAGGAGGAAGAGGAGUUAAAGGAGCUUUAAAAAUCUAAAUUUACAACCUCGCCUUUCAACCAAAGCCAUCUCUCUGUCUGAUCCAUCUCUGAUUUCGUCUCUCUCUUUCUCUGUCUCCCCGCUGAAGUCUUCUGAAGCCAAAAAUAUACACAGAUGGAUGACGGGAGGAAGCAAAGAGAGAAAGAGGAUGGGGAGGACAGAGAGAACUGCAGAACGGAAGGGGGGACAUUUGAAACCAAAUAAUGAUCUACAGCUGUAGAGGUGGCGUGGAGGAGUAUUUUUGCUUGGCAUCGGGCAAAGAACAUCAUGCUUUUUAUCAGCUGGAAAAGAAAUAAACUCGCUGAGGGCAGGGAUGAGAAGUGAAACUGUGUGUGAGAAACAGGAGG